CUCAUAUUGCUUGUUCCAGAGCAGACGGCUUUUUCCAUUGAAAAUGGUGAGAAAGAGAGAAAGGAAAAUGGUAUACCGUUCGCAAUAGUUUGGCGCGACAGCGUUGACAUUGUUUAGCGGUAUGUAUUACAACGCGCUAUAGGUAUAUCCGCACACAUCAUAGCGUACACUCGUGGGAGCUUCGGCAAGAAGGGGCUCUCUGCAACGACGUAAACAGUCUGUGUUGCACUCGAUAGAACCGUUGGUGCCGCGGAUGAGGACUUGUUGGUGUGCAUUUCAUGCGAUACAGUAAUAAAUUGUUGACAUAUGUGCGUACCGCUGCUACUGCUUCCUUCAUUGCGUUGACGCAAUUGUUGUUGAUUAUGCCGACACUCGUGGGGAGGAGUAAACCAUCGCGGUGAAAGUCGCGUGUGCAGCUGUUCGUGACAGCUACGAACCGUAUCAACAACUUUUCAAGAUCAGUGUUUACAUGAAGAUACGCGAAAGAAUCGGCGACUCGGGGCCUUAUCGAUAAACAGCAUUAUGGAGGACUACAAGUUUUUGUUCAAAGUUGUGCUCGUUGGCAAUGCCGGCGUUGGCAAGACCUGCCUCGUUCGGAGAUUUACACAGGGGCUUUUUCCACCUGGUCAAGGUGCUACUAUUGGUGUUGAUUUUAUGAUUAAGACUGUUGAAGUAGAAAAUGAGAAAAUAAAGCUACAAAUAUGGGAUACCGCAGGACAAGAAAGGUUUCGUUCAAUAACGCAAAGUUAUUAUCGCUCUGCCCAUGCUCUUAUUUUGGUUUAUGAUAUUUCUUCUCAACCAACUUUUGACUGUUUACCAGAUUGGUUGAGAGAAAUUGAAGAAUAUGCAAGUAAUAAAGUCUUAAGGAUAUUAGUUGGAAAUAAAAUUGACAGAGAAGAUAGAGAAAUUCCUACACAUGUAGGAGAAGAUUUUGCACAACGACAUGGUAUGUACUUUCUAGAAACAUCAGCAAAAGAAGCUGAAAACGUUGAAAGAUUAUUCAUGGAAAUAGCAGCAGAACUCAUGGAGCAAGCACGGUGCAAAGAGCUACCUAGAUAUGAGCAAAAUACUACAUCUAUUAAUGGUAAAACUACAGCAAUUGGUGAUAGUAAUAGUUGUGGAUGUAGUCGGUUUACCUAAAAACUUAGUAAAGAGUUCAGUUUACAUUAGAAUAGUAACAAAAAUAAUCAAGAAAAAUUUUAAAAGUGACACUUUUAUAAAGACAGUUCAGCGAAUGUUACAGUGACUGACAAAAAAACUAUUGAAUUGUUCAAUUAUGUGAUUUUUAUGUGUUGUAUCUGGUAUUUUGUUCGGUGUAUGAGUGAAACAUUUACAAAAAGGCAAUGCUCAAACUGAACAAUUUUUCAGGUAUUUAAUCGAUAUUUUUAAAUAAAUGUUAUUAUUUUUGGUGCAACUAAAUAUUUUUAAAAAACAAUAUCAGUAACUAUUUUCUAAUAGUUAAUUGACAAGAUUUGCAAGCUUUUUAGAAUGUUAAAUUAAAAAAUAUUUUAUUAGAGAUUAAAUGUUUAGUCAAUUAUAUUAUUGUUGGUUCUGAGGAUAAAUACUAAAACAAAUUCAAUUAUUUGAUGUCCUUCAAAUUAUUUGUGGGAAAAUCUUAACGUAUACAUUUCAAUUGAGAUUCAUUUUUAUACUAUUCGAGUCAAAAAGUAAAUUCUAGAAUUUAUCUAGUCUGGUUAAAAAAAACUUAAAUCAGAUGCAUUUAAAGAUAGCUUCUGUUUAAUAUUGACACAUUAUAUUUAAAUAGAAAAAUAAGUCACAUUGAAUUUUGAGAAAAAUCGUCUUCAAAGCAAAUUCCAAACCAUAUUUUUGUUUUUAUUACAGUAUUAAUUAAAUUUAUUACUAUGUACAGUACACUGUCUCUUAUUUCUGAAAAAGAAAAUAUCAUCGCUGAGGAAUGAGAAAAGAAUUAUCUUGUUUUUAUCCCAGAGUUUCCAAUUAUAAAAUUCUUUUUUUGUCCAUUUGAGUUUUUCUGACAUUUUCUGUAUAAAAGUAUCUGCCUGUUAUUUUUUCAAGAUGAUAAUACCAUUUUCUAUCAAGUAAGAGUACAGAGCAAUGGUUUUCAGAUUUGAAAAAUAAGUAACAGUUGUAUGUACAAAAAUUAACGUUGAAUUAAAUUAAUUAAAAUAA